GCCUGGCUAGUUGGCUAACUAUACCCCCUCCUCCCUCUGCCGAGCGACCCAGCCGCCGACCUCGCUCUCUGGAUCUUCUUCCUCCUCGGCCGAGCGCCGCCACCCAUCCCGCUGCCGAGCGCCCAUCGUCUUCCUCCUCCGCGAGCGCCUCCACCGCAGGUUGAUCUCCCCUUCGAUUCUCUCGCUCCCGACCGUUUCUCCUCCCAUCACCCCACGAACGGAUUCCGCCCUUUAGCUCCCCGUUUCAUAAUCUUCCCCAAUCCGUAACUGAGGCAAAAAUCAAGGUAGGGCGGCCGCCCUACCUUGCCCUACUGGGUCCUCCGCCCGUGGUGGUGCGGGAUGGCGGAGGCGUCCAAAGUGAUCCACAUCCGGAACGUCGGGCACGAGAUCGCCGAGGCUGAUCUGCUUCAGCUGCUGCAGCCGUUCGGCGCGGUCUCCAAGAUCGUCAUGCUGCGUGCCAAGAAUCAGGCGCUUCUCCAGAUGCAAGACAUUCAUUCCUCUGUGAGCGCGCUACAAUACUACACGACGGUCCAACCUAGCGUAAGGGGAAGGAAUAUUUACAUGCAAUUCUCAUCUCACCAAGAACUUACCACUGACCAGAGCUCUCAUGGACGGAAUUCUGACCAGGACUCAGAACCCAACCGAAUCCUCUUAGCUACUAUUCACCACAUGAUAUAUCCUAUAACGGUGGAGGUUCUACAUCAAGUUUUCAAAGCUUAUGGAUAUGUGGAGAAGAUUGUCACAUUUAACAAGUCAGCUGGUUUUCAAGCUCUUAUCCAGUAUCAAUCACGUCAAGAAGCUGUGGAAGCAUUUGGUGCUUUGCAUGGAAGGAACAUAUAUGAUGGUUGCUGUCAGCUAGACAUCCAGUAUUCAAAUCUCAGUGAAUUGCAAGUCCAUUACAACAAUGAUCGGUCUAGGGAUUUCACAAAUCCAUCAUUACCUACAGAACAACGUCCAAGGUCCUCUCAGCAAGGUUAUCCAGAUCCCGGUGGUCUCUAUGCCUUCCAACAACCUGGAGCUCCAUACGCACAGAUGGGAAGAGCUGCGAUGAUUGCAGCUGCAUUUGGUGGAACAUUACCGCCUGGAGUGACUGGUACCAAUGAACGGUGCACAUUGAUAGUCAGUAAUUUGAACACAGAUAAAAUCAAUGAGGAUAAGCUUUUCAAUCUCUUCUCUUUAUAUGGGAACAUAGUUCGAAUCAAGGUACUGCGCAACAAACCAGAUCAUGCCCUCGUAGAAAUGGCUGAUGGGUUUCAGGCUGAGCUAGCUGUGCAUUAUCUGAAGGGGGCAAUGCUAUUUGGGAACAAGCUGGAAGUUAACUACUCAAAGUACCCCACUAUAACACCUGCCCCUGACGCACAUGAAUACACGAAUUCAAGCCUUAACAGGUUCAAUAGCAAUGUGGUCAAGAACUACCGACAUUGCUGUGCUCCGACCAAGAUGAUCCACAUUUCUGCCCUCCCACAAGAUAUAUCUGAGGACACAAUCCUUACUCAUGUGUCUGAACACGGUUCUGUUGUCGGCACAAAGCUGUUCGAGGUGAACGGCAAGAGGCAGGCUCUCGUCUUGUUUGAGACCGAAGAGGAGGCUACGGAGGCCCUUGUAUCGAAACAUGCAAGCUCGCUGGAGGGAAAUACCAUCCGGAUCUCGUUCUCCCAGAUGCAGAGUAUAUAGGAACACCUUUCCAGGGGUAGACCAGCUUUUUUUAGGAAGUGUUGAGCCCUAAGAUGUGAAUUCCGUGCUCUGUUUCUCCCAGAAUGCCUGUGGCCUUGACAUUGGGGCCUGGCCACCAUAGGGGUUUUAUGUGGACCGGUUUUAUGCUCCCUUUUUUCUCAUUUCGGUUUUAUGUAACCAAAGGAUUUUACUGCGUGUUGUGCUGUUAUGACUUGUGAGCUAAAGAGAGUGACCGCACGCUCAACUGUGGUGCGGUACAAAUCAUUCCAGCUUGUUAAAAUGAUGGUUUUGUUCGUGUGGUUGGUUGAUUCA